UGACUAGCUUUGCACGAGUUUUACACUGUGUGUGCCCAUCAUUACAUUUUAGGGCCCGUUAGUGCAAACAUAGGCUGAGGGUAGCCUUCACAGAGAAUUAGUGUUACACCGUGUAACACAGUUUAGGAAGGAUUUUACUUAUUAUAAUUUAAUUCAUUAAUAAAAAUAGUAGUGCCAUGAUUAUGUCUCUAACUAACAAAUAUUUCACAGAUCGUAUCUACUUAAAUUCAACUUGAAGCAAAUAAUGUAUUGAAUCAAGUUUGAAACAUUCUUAAUUCAAACUUUUCUGCAAGUUGCAUUGAAAAUGUGGAUCUAUCCAAUUUUGUUGAUAGUAAUUCAUUUAUGUCGUAUUGCUGUUCUGGAUGAUUCUACAUUGGAAGACGAGAUGAGGACCAAGCGACAAAUCAACAGUUUGCCCCUUGUGUAUCCAUACGGAGCUACUUUUAAGUUUAUAGUCGGCUUCGGUUGCCCGGUGCCGACGAAGGAGAAGGUCGGGCUCUCCUUCGCGGCCAACUUCCAGUACCAAUACUCCCAGUUCACCAACAUAUCUGAUCUGUCACAAUACUACGUUUAUAACCAGAUUUCGCGAGAACAACGGGAGGCCGACUGGACAGCCAGGAAAGAUGAAAGAUUGACAUUCUACAAAGCUGUGGGGGAUUUGUUGAACACGAAAGGAAUGAACGGUCAAGAAUGCGUGUUGCGUGCUAUUUGCGAGGCUGCGCAGUAUCCGGUGGAAGAGGAGGGCUUAGUCGGGGAGCUUAUUCAUAUCUUGCUGACGCCAGAUUACGGUCGCACUCCAUUUGAUGAUGAAGACCAGAGCUGGGAGGAAGACAUGUCGGUAUAUAAGGACGCUGCAACUGCCGGAAGACAGAUGUUCAGCUGUUCUUACAUCUACAGCGGGUGUCCAGAAGGCCAGGGUGUUAUGGAGCUUAUAUCCGUUCUUAGAGACGACUGAUAUGAAUACAAGUGUGUCCUAUUGAAACUAAUUGAAGCCAUGAUAUGCUAUGGAUAUAUCUAUGCUGAUUGUCAGCUACUAAUAAUAUUUUAACGAA